GAAUCCCUCUCGGAACGGAGAUCACGGCGACGAUAGCCGACCAACAACGAGCACUGAUCCAGAACCCAGAGCCUGAUUGCCAAGAGGUCCGUCCGUCCGUCCGUCCGCGCGCGCCAAGGCACGCACAGCGCAGCGUAUACUUGUCGUCGACCGCGAGCGCGCAUGGGGAACUGCCUCAGGCUGCGGCGCGCGGCGACGUGGGCGGACGGCGACGAGUGGGAGGAGGAGGCGGAGCCCUGCAGCAAGGCCAAGGCGGCGCCCGCAGCCGUCGAGGACAAGGUGGAGGUCAAGAUCCGGGUGACUCGGCGGCAGCUGCAGGAGCUGCUUGAGAAGGCCAGCCGGCGGCAGGUGGAGGAGGUGCUGGCGGAGCUGAUGACUUCCGGCACGGUGUACUACCCGCGCCAGCGCGAUGAGAUUCGGCGGCACUGGAGGCCCGCCCUCUACAGCAUACCGGAGGGCGUCGAGGAGUCGUGAUGGAUGAUGGCUCACGAGCUAGUUAUGUGAAUCUGUGUUAUGUGCAGUGUUGUUGCUCUAGGAAGAUGCAGGUUUUAGCGAUUCUUUCUGAGAUAGUAUUGUACAGGCUUACAGACUGAAAAUGCAACAAAAACCGAUGCUAGUUUGAAAA